CCACGACAUCACAUAGUCUAUCAUCGGUUUGUUUGCUAAAGGAACUAAGGCUUUGGGACACGGCUCAGCGCCGUUAUUGCUGGUCAGAGACUCUACUCAUUUCCAAAGCCUGCUAUUACUACUGCCGAGAAUUCACGCGUUAUAGGUCCAGAAGUCGCGACGCCGAGAUCCAUAACGAGGGGUUGUUGAAGGAGAUUUCCUGUAAUGUGUGACUCGGACUUUUCAGAGUGAAAUUGCCGGGCGGCACUUACUAAAGUCACCACCAUGAGUAGUCGACUGGCAUCUUUCAAAGGACCUUCCACUCCUACGUCCUCACCUGUCCAACAGCGACAAGCCAAUAGUAGCGCCCCACCUUCUCCUGCAAGGAUCGUUGAAUCUACCUAUCAUCGAAAAUUAAGGACCUUGCUACAAGAACUACGAUCUACAACAGAAACCUGGGAUGAUAUUGUCCUCAUCGAUGGUUUGAAGGCAGCCAAAAGCCUUGUUGAUACGCGCACAGAGCUUGAUAAUUCUCUAGCGCGUACCCCGAAUCGCCUACCUCGGACACGCAUCGUUGGCCCAACGCUAGAAGCCAUGGACCAAAGAAUAUCUGAACUUGACAUAGUCUUGAUGAAACUGCAAAAACAGUUUCGCAAAAUGAAUACUAUAGUGGAGAGUCUCGAUGCACUGGUCAUUGAAGCUCAUAAGAAUAAAGGAUGGCAAUGGAUCGAAAAGGAACCUCUCUGGACGACUUGGCCCUUGGAGAAAUUUGUGUCAAGGGUACCUGAGAUUCUAGUACCAUAUCAUCGUGCACUCAGUGGGCAUACCGCACUGGUGAACAUUCUCAAAAGUCAUUCAAUAUCUUUCGAUGAAUCUCGGGAUGCAAUCCUAAAGUGGGCAGAACAACCAUGGCUUGAAGAACACGGGUGGGACGCCGGAUGGGAAGACUUGUGCUCUGUUGAGAUAGAUCGAUGGAAUAGAUGAAGGAGCAUCUUUUGCCUCAACAUUCCCCGCGACUAACAUCGCAUCAAACAUUUUAGUAUAGCCUUCUAGCACUUGUACUCCGAUGAUCAGCUAUCUACACUAACAGGCUACGUGGGUCCUGAGGAACUAACUACCUGAAACAACUCGCUCAUUAAGGGCUGACAGCUUUUGUUAGCUGAAAUUCGAGCACUCACAUGAAUGGGCAUCGAUGGACCUGGAUGGACAGGGAGAAUACGU